AAUCCAUCUUCUUCUUGUGUUGUCAGUGAGUCAUUGACAUCCCAAACUACAAUUUUUAAUAAAUACAAUUCUAUAGUGAAAAAUAAGCUUGGUAGGAUUUAUGAAUUGCUUAUAAAUUUGUUUGUUCCCCCAAGUAUUGGGGAAGCUCAGGUAGAGAGAAAGAGAGGGGAGUGAAGGAAGUGGCCGUCUCUCUAGGGGUUCCUCCCAAGUUUCAGUGACAUUCAACCAAAGAAAUCAUGGGUUCGGUAGCAAAGAAGGGAUUGCAGCAGUACAUGUUACAGCUUCAGCGUCAUCCCCUGAGAACCAAGGCGAUCACGGCGGCUGUGUUGUCGGGGAUCAGUGACUCUGUGGCUCAGAAGCUUUCUGGUAUACAGAAACUUCAAAUUAGACGGCUUCUUCUCAAAAUGCUUUUUGGGUUUGCUUAUCUUGGACCAUUUGGCCAUUUCCUGCAUAUACUACUGGAUAAACUUUUCAAGGGGAAGAAGGAUACAAAAACAGUAGCCAAGAAGGUCAUGCUGGAACAGUUGACGUCUUCCCCUUGGAACAACUUACUUUUUAUGAUCUAUUAUGGGUUGAUUGUGGAGGGUAGACCAUGGAUCCAUGUUAAAAGUAAAAUCAGAAAGGAUUAUCCUUCGGUUCAGUUUACAGCGUGGACGUUUUGGCCAGUGGUUGGGUGGGUGAACCACCAGUAUGUACCACUGCAGAUGCGUGUCAUCUUCCACAGCAUCAUUGCUUGUUGCUGGUACAUAGAUUAUCAGUUUUUAACUCUCUAUCCUAGCUCAGUGCAUCUAUUCCGCCCUUGAUUUUUUAUGCUUUUAUUCACUCACAUGGAAGUUGAUUUCCAUUUUGGUCAUUAUUUUUAGGGGAAUAUUUCUGAACCUACAAGCAAGAUCUAUAGCAUUGACAAAAGGUUAAUCAAAAGAGUGAAAGGUAAUUUUCAAGCAGGUCUGUUUCACGAAUGAUUCAAUGUACUUGCACAAUGUUAAAAGUGGCUGCUUCUCUUUUGGCAGUCAUAAACCAGGGGUACAACCCAACUUCUCUUUCAUGUAUGAUGAAUCCCAUUGAAUAAAAUUGAGUUCUAUUAGUUAUUUUCA